UACUGUCUACAUCUCCUGUGUAUAUGCCGAGUACAGGUCGGGCAUGUGUACACUGGCACGACUUAGCUGUCACGUUAUAUACAGAAGUAGGUGGACACUUAUCUUCGCUAUUCCGGCCAUGUCAACAAGCUGUUUACCUCACACGUACCCAGAUAUUACCGUCUUCAUUCAAAUAUCUAACCAUUCUUAAAACUGAGAUGCACAGCUGUGCACGUUGUAUUCUGAACUGUUUACAACGACAUGGGUGGCGACAUCGCCGCGGUGAAGGGGGGAACAAACGAUAGGUGCCUGCACUUAGCUGAAGCCCGGGGAGUUGUGCACUGUCUGUGACACAGUGUUUACAUGGUGUACUACGACUUUGUUAUCAACUUGUUUACUCGAUUCUAACUCAACCAGUCCACCUGCAGCCAGUUUCGUCCAGUUUGUUGUUGAUAGUACAAGAACGUGGUCUGUAGUCAUAGUACCCGUGAAGGGAGACAUCUGUAUUGCUGCCUCUAGGACGGUCAACACAGGUUUACUUUCAAUACAGCAUAUCAGAGACUGGUAAAAAAGUUAGUCCCAUAGAUACAUGGCUGUCACUCUUUGGCCGGUGUGUCUACAGCGCGAGUAUCUCAAUGACAACUGGGUGUGGGACUAUCACACCAAACCCCCCGAGGUGCUGUUGUCAUCCGACCUGGAGGACGCCUACUUCCAUACAGACCCUGUCGACCAGAGUACAGGGACAGCCGGCGUCCGUGGCAACAAGGGUUUUCUAGAUGGGGAACAUUUCUGGGAGAUCAUUUUUCUGGAGCCGCCAGCAGGCACUUCCGUGAUGGUGGGCGUGGGGACACAGAAGGCCCUCCUUCACACCAACAACUACCAGUAUGUGGAUCUCAUAGGUAUGGAUGGAGAGAGCUGGGGCCUGUCCCACAAAGGGAGAGUGUGGCACCGCGGUGUUCCACGAACGUACUGUGACCCAAUAUAUGACCGCACUACUGUGAUCGGAUGCUAUCUCAAUCUGUAUAAAGGUACUCUUAGUUUCUACAAAAACGGCACGGACCUAGGUGUAGCAUUCAGUGGACUUGACACUGUGAGGGAGCCCCUGUACCCACUAAUCUCCUCCACAGCAACAGAGACGGAGCUUGGACUGGGAGUGAGAUCAUGCCGCUACCUCUCUCUACAAGAAAAGUGUUGUGCAAUCAUCAAGAACAAUCUCAUGUGUGCGGACUCAGUUGAAAACCUGCCGCUGCCUAAUGCGAUCAAAAACCACAUCCGGCAAUUCUAACUCAUGUUUUGUCAUUAUCAGGUAGUGUGUUUAAAAUAGUGUUGCCAUGUGUGUGAAUGUGCGUGCGAGUGUGCGUGCGAGUGUGCGUGAACAGAUUCUCGUGCAGGCUGUACGUGAAUAGGUGCGUGUUGCUGUUCGGGCGAGUGAAGCUGACAGAGUGAAUUACCUCAGGUUACACAAGUGUUCGGAGUGGGUGUGUACAGUUUACAUAUGACUGGUCGUUUCGGUGAUAUUUCUGUAGCUUUUAACAAAUGUACAUAGUAGGUUUUGUACAAGUAUCAUACUCUCGUGACAUGAUCCCGAUAAUCAAAAUAGUUAUCACUGGAUUUUCUGGUUCAGACUCUAUUGUUCAGGCUGUCGUAUAGCUGUAAUACUGCUGAGUGCGGCGCUACACGACAUACAACGAACCAAAGAAACCAUUAUCCCGGUGUAAGACAGUUUGUUGAUUACUCACAUACGACUGAUUUUUCGGUUACCUCAGACACUCGAGGACGAUGUUUUUGCUUCGGUUUUGUAAUAAAUAUUUACACAUCUA